GCUUCUUGAUCUGUUACGACAUGGAGUCCCCCGAAAUCCUCGACCAAACGCAGACUACACAUAUGUAUCCGAUUUCUGUUGCGCAUCCUACCUGCGGUCAUUGGGCAGGACGCCACGUUGGAGCGGAUUCUUUCAUGCAAAGGAAUCCCAACUGGGAUGGAAGAGACACAGUCAUUGCCAUUUGGGAUACAGGCGUAGACCCCAGAGCCGAUGGUCUUCAGGUCACUUCCGAUGGAAGACCUAAGAUCGUGGAUCUUAUUGACGCUUCGGGUUCAGGCGAUGUCAAAAUGUACACCAAACGUAUCGUUGAUUCACGGACAAUGGAGCUUGAGACACUCACCGGUCGUAAAGUUGUCAUUCCGGCGCAUUGGAAGCCUGCGGAUGGAUGUAUACGCCUCGGUGUCAAGCUGGCCUCGGAGUUGUUUCCGCGGCCCUUACUACAACGGUUGCGUACGGAGGAGAAAGAUCAUAUUUGGAGGCCAUGCAUGAAAAACUUGGCGGCCAAGAUUGCUUCCGAGCUCACAGAGGCUUAUUCGUUCGUGUUAGAUUCUCCUGGCUCGCAUUCACGGGCUUCAAGUGUUGAACGCAAUGAGGAAGAGAGCCGCGGUCCUAACAACAAUGCGUCUGGCGCAACACAUCACGAACCUCCCUACAGCGCACCUCUCGGAUCUCCGUCGUGCCCCGUCUCAAAACGGAAGUCUUGCACAAAUCAAGAAACUGCGGGAUCGAAAUCGAAGUCAAAAAGAGAAGCUAAAGCACAAAUGUUGGAAGAGUCGUUGUCAUCCUUCGAUCGACAUUACUUGAAUUUGGACAUGGUAUACGAUUGCUUUGUAUUCUUCGAUGGAUCCAACUGGCAAGCUUGCGUGGAUACCAGCCCUUACGAGCCCGGAAAGACGCUGAACGAUAUGCCCUUACUGAUGGACUAUUCAAUCGCUCACCAAUCCGCCUGUUUCGGCGACGACACCCAACUGUUUUACACAGUGAAGAUAUUUGAUGAUGGAAAGGUUCUGCAGAUCGUCACCAACGACAGUGGACAUGGGACGCAUGUGGCCGCAAUGGCUGCCGGCUACUUUCCUCCUCUUGCGCAAUCGCAUGUGUCCCCGCGGCCACUAAUUGAUAGAGGAACUACACGCAAUGGGAUUGCCCCGGGCGCUCAAAUCGUGAGUAUUAAGAUAUCCGACUCACGCUUGGGCUCCAUGGAAACCGGAAUAAGUCUGCUACGUGCCAUUCGUUGGACUGUCGAGCUAAAUUGCGAUGUUGUCAACUACAGUUUUGGGGAGUACAGCGUUUGGCCAAAUAUCGGACGCGUUUGUAAACAUCUGAGCUCCAUGGUCAACUCCUAUGGUAUCGUCAUGGUAGCAAGCGGAGGAAACAAUGGCCCUGGUUUGGGCACAGUGGGCUGUCCUGGCGGUGUGGUUGAAGGCUUGAUCGGUGUGGCUCCACUCGUUUUCCACGAAAUGAUGCGCUCCUUGUACAGCCAUCCUCUUGGUUUCGACGACGAAACAACUGUUGAAGAUUCUAUCGAUCCGUCACAUCCAUCGGAUCCACCGACACUGACGUCUUCCGAUAUGCAGACAUCUGAACGAACCGUCCUUCCACCCACCGCUUAUACAUGGGGCAGCCGGGGACCCGCAAUGGACGGUUCUCUCGGGGUAUGCGUAGCCGCUCCUGGUGCGGCGAUCACCUCAGUGGCAGGAUGGCAACUGCGACCAUGUGCACUACUUAACGGGAGUUCCAUGAGCUCACCGAUAGUGGCCGGAAGUGUCGCCCUGCUUUUGUCUGGUAUCCGAAGCCGUUACUCCCCACCGGGUAGUGCACCGAGAGUGCCUCCUUCCCUCAUUCGGCUGGCCAUCUGCAACACUGCCUCUCCUGUGAACCACUUGUCCCUUUUGGAUCAAGGUCAUGGAUUGCUGCAGGUUGAUAAGGCUUUCGAUUUCCUAUCGACUGUAAUCACUCUCCAAAAGAACGGAAUCAGACCAGACUCACCCGCAGUAGCGGCUUCGCGGCUUGACUACCCUAUAGAGACGCAAUUGAAUCUAUCCGUCCAAUUCGGUUGGCGUCUUCGCUGUUCUGUCAGUGGUCCUGGCUGUACUAAGGAUGAUCGCGGUAUUUGGCUCCGGCGCGGUUGGAUCCCAAAAGCACGCGCCAGUCAAUCUGGUGGACCCUCGUGGCGAGUCUUACGAUACAAUCUCCAUAUCUCUUUGGAAUUUGAUAGUUGUGUCCCACUGGAAUUUCGUCGUCACCUGGAGUUGCAUCUUUCUAUCGGUGUGACUAAUCAACUACAAGUUACCAACGAAGGUGCCUCAGCACACUCGGGGGUAUCUUGCCGACCAGCUUGGAUACAGUUGGCCUCUUCGGUGAUUGUCACAAACCAAGGUCGUGACGUCAUUCUCCUGCUCGAUCCGAACAAGUUUACUCACGAAGGAUUUUGCAACUCUCUACCAUCUAUCAGUUCCUACAGUAUAGAUCGCAAGGCAACAAGCCAAGAAGGUACCCUCAACCGGAGUACACCGCUCUCCACUACAGCGCCGCCCAUUCCUAGCGGUUUUAGCUCCAGCGAACCCUAUGUUACUUUCAUCACUUUCACAGAUCCGAAGCGUCCAUCAUUGGGCGUGCUCGCUCAUGUGCCGCUCAUCAUCCAUACACCCAUUGUCCUUCCCUCGACCCGCGGCUCAGAACUCCCCAGACUGCCUAUUACGGAUACGUUUGAUGCUUUUCACAAAGUCCGUCGUUGGUUUAUCAAUGUCCCGUUUGGUUCGACUGCAGGGGUCCUUCGUCUCGCUCGACUCGAUGAGAACGAUGCAUCUUGUGAGUUCAAAGUUACCGUAUCGCUGCCGCAGCCUCGUUCAGGACUCACUACGCACGCUCAGGAAAUCACCUGGCCCCUUUUGGCUCUUAACAGGCGCGGCGAAACAGGCGCCGCACCGGUGAACUGUCGACGAGGAUCGACCAGGAACAGACUUAGCGAUGAUUUUGAAGGAGCAACCCACCUCGUGUUUCCCAUCAGCUGGGAAGCUGACUAUAUGGAACUGACGAUUGCUCAACAUUGGGGCCCUGAAGCCCCAGCUGUGGUCUUCGGGGAGUUGUAUUUUCGUGGUUUGGAACCAACCCCAAGACAAAUUCUAAUGACAACAAGUGAUUUCUGCAUCCGCAUGGUUCUACGUUCUAAUUUCAGUACAGAAAAUAUCACUCCUGUGAUUUCUCUCACCCAUUGGGUUCUUCCUGUCAGACCGACCAGUUCUCGGAUAUUCUAUCUCGGUCAUGGGCAAAAUGAAAUACUUCUCAGUCAGCGGGGUUGCUACGCGCUCCGUCUUUUUUAUCACUUUAGUUGCCCCUUCAAACAUUCUGUGACCCAAUUCGAGUUACCGUGGUUACACGAGCUACUAUACGAAAGCGACUACCUCACUCAGAUGUACCAUGUGUACGACUGUUACGGCCGAUUCCUUGGUGCCGGCGAUUUCGAUGUGGAACGUUCGAAACGCCCACGUUUUGCUCUUCCACUAGACAAAGGAGAUUACAAAGUCAUUGUCCAGAUAUGUCACGAAGAUGGUGCAAAUCUAGGCCCUUCGGUGACAAAGAGUGGAGGUGAACUGAUCCCAACCGCGUCAGGUGCCAUGGCUAGUGGUAGAAAUGUCGGUGGUGGCUCUGUGAGCGGCGACACUCAGUCUCCACUGGAACGCCUUCGCAGCCACUGUGCUGUUGUUAGAUUCCGUCUUCCAAGUCCGAACUCGCCUACACAACUGGAUUCUUCACCCAGGUGCAACGAAGUUGGAUCCCCUGGCAACUUGCCAGUCACCUUUGAGUUUGCCAGCUUUCCAUUCUCCCUCGGUUUAAACGGAGCCAAACCAUGCUCGGCUUUGGAUCCGUUGCCGCACACUUUAACACGAUUGUCCGUCACCCCUACUAAAAGAACCGCUGCUGCGGACGUAGGCGACCUAUCCUGUGAUGACUCAGUCGUAUCUGAGUCUAAUCGCCGGUGCCCCUGUUUACCAAAUAGUCUCGGCCCAACAGAAUCUACUGCGCUGUUCGUGGGGUUAGCUGAUCAGCGCUUCCCUGGUUACGUUGUCGCUGGAUCCUACUUCUCCGGAACAUUCGGAUGUUAUAGCUCCUCUCUGCUGCAGACCACAAUCACCUAUCCCUUCCGUUUGCUGGUGGAUAGCUUACCAGCUCCAGUUGCUGCAUCCUCUCUAGUCAAAGCAUCUUCCAUGACAUCUACUCUGAAACCCCUUAAUGUUGGUGCGUUGGGUUUGUCCGAGGAAGACUUCGCUUGGUUGAGACCUUUGCGUGCGAUCAUUUUGUCUGCUUCCUCGAAUGCCGCGGGUGACCGCUCGUUGGAUUGUUCUAAGGGAGGCCAACUCAAUAUAACCGACGAAGUUAUGCACCUUGCUCCAUCAGAUGAUCGAUCUACGGCUCCUAUCGAACAGGUAGUUGAAGGUGUUUCGGAGAUCCCUUAUGUCUCUACCCCUUGCGACCCACAUCCACCGUCUGACUCGGCACAGGGAGCCGAUGUUUCCCGAGAGCAACUUUUGCUGGAUGGCAUCGAAUCUUGUACUGGAAAUGGCUCUGAUAAUCCGAAUCAAGCCGCUCAAAAUUCCACCCGGAUUUCUUUGUCCGAACCUGGCACACUGCACUCAGCAGUCGAUUCUGUGCCUCAUGUCGACGACAAUCUUAUGAAAUGUCCCGAAGCCGUUCUCCCUCGGCGUUCCCUGAUACUCUGUGAGGAUUCCUCUCCGUGCUCGAAAGCUUCACCUCAUCGAUCUUUGUCUACUUUGUUGGUCUCGGUCCAUGAACUACUUACUUCACUGGAUGCACCACUGUCUUUAGAUGAGUCGUCACUAAACGCGAAUGAGUUGAUUCAUGCACGAUCUUCUGUUUGGAGCAAGGCGGAUGUGCUGAUAGUCGGGCAUCUUCUUGACCAGUCAUCUCCAGCACCCCACCCUUCUCCUCCUUCUGUAUCUCAUCCCGCCAAAACCCAAACCGGGCGCAAUUUUUUGCAUCAUUUGCUCACAAUGCGCUUGGUCUCGACGUCUCAACAUGCAAAUUGUGCCGGGAAGAGAAUUGUAUUAAAACAGAUGGAGUGUGAAGGCGAAGCACACAACCCACCCACUGUUAUAUCAAUCCCACCUAACUCGACCGAUCUACCUGCUCCGGAAUCUGGAUUACAAUCAUCUGGCUCCAAUACAGAUCAACUUCAGUUGAAACAGUCAACUACUCCGGACCAAACUGCUGACGAGCACCCUCCUUCAGUUGAUGCUGAUUCCAGCUCCACAACAUUCAGUUUCAUUGAACUGAAACUUAGGCUGAUUGACACUUUAGCUCGGUACGGUCGAUUGUUGUGCGAACGGAUUUUGCUACACGAAAUCGCUCGGUCCCGCUCCAUCAUAGUUUGCAACGGGAACCCAACGAAUCUUGAACCUAACAUACAAGCAUCACCUACCUCCGUUUUCCGCAGUCCUACUUCGGGUCGUUGUGGAAGUUGCACUAACGCCAAUGACAUCAAAUCGUCAUCCUCUCGUCGCACUGACUCUCUAACUUCCUUGAACGAAUUUCGCGAAUCUCGCAGUAUUUUGCGACGGAUAUAUGCCCGUGUUGUUCAUCUAUUAACGCUCACAACAACUGGGACUCAAUCAGUGGCGGAAACGGUUCGAGUUGGCGCCCAUGCGUUACCACACUGGUUACUCGUCUCUGGUCUACGUGACCUGAAGACGCAUUCUAUUAAUCACAAGGUGUUUCACGAGAGCCGUACCUUGGGUUCAGUUGGCGGACGCGCAGUGUUAUUUUUGUUUCUCUUCUCACUUUCUGCUGGGCAAGACCCGCAAGCUCUGCGCUUGCUGACUCGCCUCAUGUUUCAAAUCAAGGAGCCUCCGGUCGCUGCCCUCAACGGCCCGCUUAACUUGAGUGCGGUGACCUCUAUGAGUCCCAUACGUCCAGUAAUUGCGUCGGUAGCCGGUUCUAUUGUCACCGCAAGGUAUACUCACGUAUUUCUGAUUUGGCUAUUAGAUCGCAUGGGGUGGACCGAUCUGGCCGCAUAUUUUAAACGUCACGUUCCCCUGUAUUUCCCCGAACGGGAUUACACUCUCAUGUGUGAUAAUAACGGAUAAUUUGUUUGUCGAACCCUAAUUCACCCUGCGAUGUUCUGCUUUCCUCCCGGUGCCAAUUAUCUUUCUGUAUGAGUUUAAACCGGUUUCCAGAUAUUCCAGAUGCCUCUAACGGAGAAUCGACUCUUCUAGUUUGACGCACUUUUUCCCAAAAAUCUCUUGCUCAUUUUUAGUUUUAGUUUUUUUGACCUCAUUCUUUCAAUGUGAUUCUCCAGAUAUAGACAUCUUGUAUCUUCC